UUCCCCACGCCAACGGAGAAGCAGAACACAAGGAGCCCGAGUCCGAGGGUGUGUGGAUGAUUUUUUUCUCACAUAUAAAAACUGAUUUUUUUUUUUCCGGAAUCGAAACUGACGCUUAAGGGAUUUCGGAGGAAAGUAAGAAGACGGGUUUAAAAAAAGAAGAAGAAGAAGAACUCAGACAGGGUGCCCCUGCGCAGUACAGCAUCCUCCCUCUGCAUCUGUUUCUCAUCUCUCCUCCUUUGCCUCUGCGCUUUUUACAAGAUUCCCGAUUCUCCCACACUGCAUAUCCCCAGUGACUGAUCACUUAUUGCAAGCCGAGAGGUGCCCUUUUUCUUUCUUUUGUCGGAGUUUGAACCACAUUUCUGAGCUGCUGGGAGUAUACCACCAGAGCCCCUGAGAGCUGGCUGGACUGUAGUUUUCGUCUUCCCGAUACAGGCGGAUCAUCGAGGGGACCUUGCGCGGAGUCAAAAGGACUGGAAAUUAUUUAGCCCUCUCACAUCGACGUGCCGCAUGGUGGGAAUUUCUGCCUCUUUUCAGUAUCGCACUGGGAAGCGCUCCAUCAUGCCCGACUCACCUGCGGACGUCAAGACACAGUCCAGGUUGACCCCCCCUACCAUGCCACCCCCACCCAGUACACAAGUAGCACCCCGUAACAGCUCCUACACACCAACUACAUUAACCAAUGGCAGUAGCCACUCCCCAACGGCGCUCAACGGCGCUCCAUCUCCUCCAAAUGGUUACAGCAAUGGUCCUAGCUCAUCCUCCUCAUCGUCUCUGGCCAACCAACAGCUGCCACCAGCCUGUGGUGCCCGACAGCUCAGCAAGCUCAAGCGCUUCCUCACUACUCUACAGCAGUUUGGGAACGACAUCUCACCUGAAAUUGGCGAAAGAGUCCGCACAUUGGUGCUGGGAUUAGUGAAUUCCACUCUGACCAUCGAAGAAUUUCACUCCAAGCUGCAAGAAGCCACCAACUUCCCUCUGCGACCUUUUGUCAUACCCUUUCUGAAGGCCAACCUGCCGCUCCUUCAGAGGGAGCUGCUGCACUGUGCCAGGCUGGCCAAGCAGAACCCGGCUCAGUACCUGGCCCAGCAUGAGCAGCUACUCCUGGACACCAGCACCACCUCCCCAGUAGACUCCUCAGAGCUCUUGCUGGAUGUGAAUGAGAAUGGCAAAAGGAGGACACCAGACAGAACCAAAGAGAACGGCUUUGAACGAGACAGCGCUCUGCAUCCGGACGUUCACCCCAGCAAACGGCCCUGCACUAUAAGCCCUGCCCAGCGUUUCAGCCCAUCCAAUGGACUCUCCUACCAACCCAACGGUCUGCCUCACCCAGGCCCACUCCCUCCACAGCACUACAGGCUAGACGACAUGGCCAUUGCCCAUCACUACCGCGACACCUACAGACACCCAGCGUCUAAUCAUCGAGAGAUCCGGGAGAGAGCAAGGCCCAUUGGUAUGCACGCAGGCACGAGGCAGGAGGAAGUGAUUGACCACAGGCUGACAGACAGAGAAUGGGCUGAGGAGUGGAAGCACCUUGACCAUGUAAGAAAACUGCUCAACUGCAUCAUGGACAUGGUGGAAAAAACAAGGCGCUCACUGACGGUACUGCGGCGGUGCCAGGAGGCUGACCGUGAGGAGCUCAACUACUGGAUCCGACGAUACAGCGAUGCCGAGGAGCUGAAGAAAGGCGCUGUUAGCGGGCAGUCGAGGCAGCAGAGCCCUGCAGCACAAGAAAACACAACUUCAGAAAUUCACCGGGAGCUCCUGCACCGGCCUGUCUCUGGCUACGUCCCUGAAGAGAUCUGGAAAAAAGCUGGUACGGGAGGCUUGACUUCCUCUGUCUCCACACUCUUUCCAGAAGAGGCUGUGAAUGAGGUGAAGCGGCAGGCCAUGUCAGAGCUGCAGAAAGCCGUGUCAGAGGCUGAGCGCAAGGCUCACGAAAUGAUCAGCAGCGAGCGGGCCAAGAUGGAGCGAACAGUGGCCGAAGCCAAGCGCCAGGCAGCCGAAGAGGCGCUCUCCAUAAUCAACCAGCAGGAGGAUUCCAGCGAGAGCUGCUGGAACUGCGGACGGAAGGCCAGUGAGACAUGCAGCGGCUGCAACACGGCACGCUACUGUGGCUCCUUCUGCCAGCAUAAAGACUGGGAGAAGCAUCACCAUGUGUGCGGUCAGACCCUGCAGGCUCAGCAGCAGCAGCAGGCCAGCCAGCAGCAGGGAGGGGUUCCGGGUUCAGAGACCCCCGCUCCCAUCAGCUCCUCCGCUUGCACCCCAAGCAGCGGGACCGGGAGUCCGGCUGCUACCCCCCCUGCUGCCACCCCUCGCUCAUCCACCCCUAGCACCCCGUCCUCCUCUGCCCUUGAUGGCACACCACGCUAAGAAACUCACACAGAGGUAGGAGGCAAAGGCUUCCCAGGUGUAACAGCCAGCCCUCAACCCGACAACUAUCGUGGCUGUCUACAUUGCCCUGCAAAGAUGCUUAGAUACUAGAAUGAGACGGCAAUACUUCUGUCUAUCUUGCAGCGUAGUCAUAGAAGGAGGAAGAGGAAGUCCAUAAUCAGGUCAUAUUGACUUGCCAUGACUUUAAAGAAACACAAAGAUAUUCUUUGUUUUGAAUGAAUGAAUUUAAAAGUUGACAUUCUUUUACUGUUACACUUGCUAUUCUUGUUGACUGUUUGUCCUUGUACCUGUUGUUGUUAAAGUUGUCGUCAUUGUAGCUUAUCUUAUUUUCCCCUGUAAAUAUGAAGAGACUGAUCAGAGAUAGCCGUGAACUCAAGACAAGUAUAUCUGACCUGCCCUUUUCAAACGUUUUUAUUUUUCAUCCUGGAGUCAGUGGUUAUUUCCUUCCUGUACACGAGACUAGUCAACCUCAGACAUUUAUCAAACAGCAUAUCACGGGGAAUGUAACUGUCUCGGAGAACACUUUGGGAUAAGAGAGAUAUUAGAUUUAAGAAUCCUGAAAGACACACAGAAGGAUGAAUAAGCAUGUUCGCUGCCUGGAGAGGGGAGAGGGGAUGGACUGAAUCUCCGGCCCACAGACCGCCACGAAACGGGCAGAUGUGCAGCAGAUUGCCAGCUGUUCAACCAAUGUUAUUUCCCUCUCACUUGUAAUAAUAUCCAGGUCAGUGGUCUGGGAAAUACAAAUCCAUUUCUCUGAUGUAAAAGGAAGAAUUCUUGGAUAAGAUACAAAAACCUUGCCCACUGCACACUUGGAGGACGGACCAAAUACAACUCGAUCGCUCGGUGGGUCACAGACGCUCUCAAACAGGAAGUGAAGUCAUCAACCCACUGGCAAGACUGUCAAAUGACCUCGACAGCAGGCUCGGGAAACAUAGACUCGCCCCAGACAACCUCCCCUCCUAUCUCGACUCUGACAACAUUUUUCAUCUUUCUUCACAUUCUUACUCGUUUUCUGUAGAUGUCAUGGUGUUUAAGACUUCUGUCCUGUGGUGUCACCAAUGGUUAUUUAUUGUAUAUGUGUUGGACAAUUGUGACAAUGCAUAGUACUUCAACCAGUCACAACUCUAAGUCCUUCAUAACUCUUUCUCUCUAGCUGGUGCAAAAAGAGAUAAAAAAAAGAAGUGUUAUCUUUUCUUUUUUUUUCUUCCCCAAGCUGCUUCUUUUCUAUUCUGUGUAUAAGUGGUAGAUUCCUUGUAGUUCUAUAAGUUUUCCUUCCCUACGUCCUCAAGAAAAGACACAAGCUAUAUCUCAGAGCUGCUACUUGAGUCCGACCCAGAUCUUUUCUGAGAACUAGCAUGUUGCGCGGAAUGCUAACCUAAAUGUUUUGUACAAGGGACAUACAUAAAUGUAUUUGCACUGUCACAGAGGUUAUCUCGGCAUGCUUCUUUUCAGCAUACUUGUGUUGUCGGUAUAGAGCCAUAACUCAUCAACUCAUUUUGUAUGUAGUAUUAGCAUCUUCUAUUCUCACUUUCUCUGGAUGGGAGGAGAUGGAAAAAUGUAAACCACCAAACCCAUUCCGUUCUUCUUUUUCUCUUUUUUUCGGUUUUGUUUUUUUUUUACUCUGCGUGCUAAGAAGAGCAGCCAUAACGUCUUUUAUUUCCAUUGUUGUUGUUUAAAUAGUUACAACAGUGCAUGCACAUUACUGAACGUUUGUUAAAUAUUUGUUAUUUUUUAGAAAAAAAUGAAAAAACAACCAAAAAAAAUAUAAUAAUAAUUUAAAAAAAACAAUACAAAAAAAUUAUUCUAACAAACUAACUUUCCAAAUGCAGAGGUGUAGACUCCGAUUGACAGCUUUAACACUGCAAAGCACCAGGUAACACGCAGUAUUAACACAAGAGUUAAACAUAAAAACACCAAAAACAGCCAAAGACUGACACCAAGGACCAAAAUCCUGAUUUAAACGAUUUUUGAAAAGAGGUUUGUCCACUCAGACAUUCGGGCAUUCGUUUCUCCAGCUUUUGUUCAUAUUUCCAUGAACAAAAAGAAAACGACGUCCAGCGCCAGAAGAUUCAUUUAUCUUUACCAUAUUCUGGAAACCACGAGCACUCGUCUCACAUUGUGGAAUAAGAAGGUGUGAAUUGACCCCAAUGAGCGUGCAGAGCGGAGAUACACUUUAACUGCAGCAAUAAUAGCUAAUGUGACACAAACGCAACUUCUGAAACCAUUUUUGAAGCGAUCCUCGAGAUUUCUUUCCUUUUUUUUAAUACACAUUUUGUCAUUACACAACUGUCAGAUUCAGUGCCCAUUUCAGCUUUAAGCAGUUAAGUUUUUGAUUCGCAGAGGUAAAUGUGAGACUGGGCUUUCACACCAACGCCAUUGUACUGUAUUUAUUUAUUUAUAUCAUUUGGGUUAAUCCAUCGCAAUUUUGUCGAAAACCUUUAGCGUAAAUCAGACAAACCUCUCAAUCGCAGUACGAGAGCACUUACCCCGACACUCACCCCAAACACCUUGGUGCUACACAGAAGCGCGUUACAAAUUCUGACCUCAAGGAACAAGUGGAGGCCCACAAAGGUUUCGGGGCAGUUUGCUCCCUCUGUACUUCCUCAUCUCUCCCUCCUUGUCUAACUACAACAUACACUUGCAUUCUUGACUUUAAAGGGUUAAACAAUCCAAAAAGGUGUCUGACACCCUACUAGCGACUUCUCAGAAGCUGUGAAGAAACAGCCAAGCUGUUUUAACACUAGUGUAUUUAAAGGUAUACAACAAAUAAUGUAUGUGUUCAUAAUUAUCAGGGCAAAAUCUGGGUUUAAAAAGAAAAAAAAAAGAGAAAAAAAAGCUAGGAAACACGAUCAUUCAAUGAUGCUUUGAGAAGCGUUAUUGUUAUUUUUUUUUCUUUCUUUCUUCCCUCCUCUAUGUGUGUUUUGCUACAAAUUCCUCGGUGGCAAACAAGUCUCACUCUACCUCUUACAGCACGAUAAGAGCAUCAGUCACGGCGCUGAUACUGGUCUAGUCGAAACCAAAUGGGCACAAGAGAACAGGAAAAUAUAAAACCCAAAGUCGAAGCUCAUACAGCUGCAAAACCAUAUCACUACUUGGUAACAAUGCAGACCUCAUAAAUAAAUGAAACCUAAAUAGAAAUGAGAAAAAAAAAACUUUUGUUAUGUUCCUUUAUGCCUGUGGCAUUUCUAGAGUACAUCAAGAGUUUGAAUUGUUUGAACAGAUUUGAGAAAAUUGUGCUAAUUUUAAAGAAAAGUGUUGUCGAUUCCUAUCUCGACGGCACAAGCUAAGGUCACAGAUAAGAAAUGUUUCUCUUGCUCUUUUUUCUUCCCUGUUUCCCCACCGCCUUUUCUCCUCUUUUUAUAUUGUUUUUUUCUCUGUUGUUAAGACAUGCGGAAGUGCUUGUCGAUUUGUCAGCUGGGGGAAUAUACAAAAGGUCAAUCUUUGAAAAGAAAAAAAAAUUGAGGCUAUGAGUUUAGGCAUGCCUGUUUUUCACAAUGGGGGAAACGUUAUUUAAAUUUCCUACUUAACAUGAAACAAUAGGGAAAUGGAGGGGCCGACAGCAAACAGCAAGGCCGUAGCAUUAAUUUGGGGGGGAAGGAGUUGAACUUCAGGGGUGGGAGGGUUUUUCCGUUCUCUUGAGAAAAUUUAUUGUGAGAAAAAAAAAACAGAGCUCAAAUAAUUUGAAGUUGUUGUGCAAUACUUAAUUAAGACAUGAAAACCACAGGUUAGUGGUAGGCUGACGCUAAGCGGUCUUUCCAUCGCUUACUGUCAGUGUCCUCUAGAGAGCUUUCCAGUCUACUAUGUCAGAACUGUGGUUUCUUGUUGAUUUUAUUUUCUUUUUUUGUUUCUUAAUUUUAAUUCUUUUCUUUUUUUGGGCUGUAAACUAUGGUCUGUCAGUCUGUGAAACUUUGCAGUAUAAUUCUGGUAUUGUUGUUCUUUACGGUGUAAUAAAUAUGUUAAUU